AUGUUAGGAUUGCCUCCAGAUCAUCCUCAACUUAACACAGCGGAUCGUGAAGAAAUCGUGAAAUUCUUUGCCAAUGAAGUAGCUAAAUACGAUGCAAAUUGGCUGGACACCACAGCAAAUGAAGUAUACCGACAAGCAGGCACCAUUUGCUACACACCAGAGGAGUUUGCUCAGACAGAACAAGGCAAAGCAAUCAAGCUUCAAGGUCUUUGGAUAACAGAAGCUGUGAACACUGAAAAACUCCCGGUUGUUCCUUGGCCAGCAUUGAAGGAUCAAAAUUUACGACCACUUGCAGGCGUCAAAAUAGUAGACAUUUCUAGGGUGAUCGCAGCACCUACAAUAACCAGAAUAUUGGCUUCACUAGGCGCCACUGUGAUUCGUGUUUCAAACAGUAUUGAGCCAGACUAUGGUAUAAUUUUACUUGAGACAAACUUGGGAAAAUACGAUAUGCGGAUCAAUUUGAAAACACCAGAAGGAAAAAAAGAGUUGGCUCAUAUAUUGGCUGAAGCAGAUGUCAUUUUGGAUGGCUAUCGACCUGGCUGCAUGGAAAGACUUGGAUUUGGCCGACAAGCAGUUCACGAAAUGGCUCUAAACAGAGGUAAAGGCAUCGUUUAUGCUCGUGAGAAUUGUUACGGUUGGGCUGGUCCAUGGUCUCCACGAUCUGGCUGGCAACAGAUCAGUGAUUGCGUGACAGGUGUUUCAUGGUUACAAGGAAAGUUUUUAGGCCUCGAUGAGCCAGUCGUGCCACUUCUUCCAAAUUCUGAUUAUCAAACUGGAGUAAUUGGUGCGAUUGCUAUUGUACAAGCCCUACAUAAACGUGCUCAUCAAGGAGGCUCGUACAACGUUGACGUUUCACUCAAUCAGUUCAAUAUUUGGUAUCUUGACUUAGGUCAAUACACAGAUACACAAAGAGCUGAUAUCAUGGUCAAAUAUCCAGACUUACAUCUUCAUCAUACAGAUGAAAUGCACUUUCUUGUGAAAAAAACAAUUACAGUGAUGCUUAAAUCUGUGGGCAAGAUCUUUGGAUCCCAAAACUUUGAGACCAUAAAUUCACCUAAAUGGGAUGUUGAACAUACUGGCGAACCAAUUACUAUGACUAUUCUUGCUCCAAUCAUAACUUUUGACGAGACAAAGCUCAACUACAAUGUCGGAAGUUGUCCUCCUGGAUCAUAUGACUCAAGCAUCGGAUGGAACGUGGUAUAA